CCGUGCGCACAGGGGUCACGACGCAGGGGCAGCCCAGAGCAGCCUGGGAGAUGUAGUCCCAGGACCGACUGCUGGCCACGGGACCGACAAAGCCUACUUUUGACCAUCUCCGCCGUCGUCCUCUCCGGCCUGCUGUCCGGCACACACUCACACACGCACACACACACAAGCACACACAAGCGCCCUCACACACGGGAGUCUACUUGGUGGUUUGUUUUUUUCCUGCCCAAGGGGAGAAAUGUCCUUCGUGCCGCUCUCUAAGAAACAGCAGGAUGUACCGGUCCAGCGCUGUCAGUAGGAAAAAGCUGCGCAAACCAUGCAGGAUGAUUUACUGAUGGACAAAAGCAAAACCCAGACUCAGCAGCGGCAGCAGCAGCAGCAGCAGCAGCAACAGCAGCAGCAGCAGCAGCAGCAGCAGGAGUCAAACGCAGCGGAAGCCUCUUCCACGCCCCUCUCCUCAGAGACCCCCAAGCCGGAGGACAGCAGCCCAGUGACGAGUCUCAAUCCAACAGCAGCGGCGGCGACUUCUUCGACGGCCCCCAACAGCAAGGAGAAGAUGCAGAUGGAAUCUCCGCUCCUGCCCGGCUUGAGUUUCCACCAGCCCCCGCAGCAGGAGCCUGCCGCGGCGCCGGGCACGUCCUUGUCCCCUUCCUUCGGGAGCACCUGGUCGACGGGCACCACGAACGCCGUGGAGGACAGUUUUUUCCAAGGGAUCACCCCCGUCAAUGGGACCAUGCUUUUUCAGAAUUUCCCUCACCACGUCAACCCGGUCUUCGGAGGCACCUUCUCCCCGCAGAUCGGCCUAGCGCAGGCUCAGCACCACCAACAGCAGCAGCCGCCGCCGCCGCCUCCACCGCCUGCCCCGCAGCCGCCGCCGCCGCCGCAACAGCAGCCGCAGCCCCCGCCGCCCCAGCCCCAGCCGCCGCCGCCCGCACAGCCGCAGCAGGCGCAGCAGGCGCAGCAGCAGCAGCAGCGCAGGUCGCCGGUGAGCCCCAACCAGGCGACCUACACCCAAAGAAACGCCGCGGCGUACAGCCAUCAGCCCAUCAUGACCAGCAAGCCGUCCUCUGCCUCGGCCUCCUCAUCCUCCUCCAGCUGGAACAAUCACCAGAACGCCGCCUGGAGCACCCCUUCCAAUCCCUGGGGCGGGCUGCAAGCCGGCAGGGACCCUCGCCGGGCUGUUGGCGUAGGGGUCGGAGUCGGGGUCGGCGUGCCAUCUCCGCUUAAUCCCAUCUCCCCGCUCAAAAAACCCUUCUCCAGCAAUGUGAUUGCGCCUCCGAAGUUCCCCCGGGCGGCUCCUCUCACCUCCAAAUCCUGGAUGGAGGAUAACGCUUUUCGGACCGAUAAUGGUAACAAUCUGUUGCCAUUUCAGGACCGGAAUAGGCCCUAUGACACAUUUAACUUGCACUCUUUGGAGAACUCUUUAAUGGAUAUGAUAAGGACUGAUCAUGAGCCUCUGAAAGGUAAACACUACCCUCCCAGUGGCCCACCAAUGAGUUUCGCUGAUAUUAUGUGGAGGAAUCAUUUUGCAGGACGCAUGGGAAUAAAUUUCCAUCACCCAGGAACAGAUAACAUUAUGGCACUUAACACCAGGAGCUAUGGGCGGAGACGAGGUCGGUCUUCUCUCUUUCCCUUUGAAGAUGCCUUUCUAGAGGACAGUCAUGGUGACCAGUCCUUAUCAUCAGGCCUCAGCUCUCCAACUCGCUGUCAGAAUGGUGAAAGAGUGGAACGCUAUUCUAGAAAGGUGUUUGUUGGGGGCCUCCCUCCUGACAUCGAUGAAGAUGAGAUUACUGCCAGCUUUCGUAGGUUUGGACCUCUUGUGGUGGACUGGCCUCACAAAGCUGAAAGCAAGUCAUAUUUUCCACCUAAAGGCUAUGCCUUUCUGCUGUUCCAGGAGGAAAGCUCUGUGCAAGCUUUGAUAGAUGCCUGUCUAGAAGAAGAUAGUAAACUUUACCUGUGUGUGUCAAGUCCCACCAUAAAAGAUAAACCGGUGCAAAUUCGACCAUGGAACCUAAGUGACAGUGACUUUGUAAUGGAUGGCUCUCAGCCUUUGGACCCCAGAAAAACUAUCUUUGUUGGGGGAGUUCCACGACCCCUUCGAGCUGUUGAAUUGGCCAUGAUUAUGGACCGUCUUUAUGGGGGCGUCUGCUAUGCUGGCAUUGAUACGGACCCAGAACUGAAGUACCCAAAAGGCGCUGGCCGAGUGGCAUUCUCCAAUCAGCAGAGUUACAUUGCCGCAAUCAGUGCACGGUUUGUGCAGCUCCAACACAACGACAUUGACAAACGGGUGGAAGUGAAGCCGUACGUGCUGGAUGAUCAGAUGUGUGAUGAAUGCCAGGGCACCCGCUGCGGUGGCAAGUUUGCUCCCUUCUUCUGUGCCAACGUCACCUGUUUGCAGUAUUACUGUGAAUACUGUUGGGCCAGCAUACACUCCCGAGCUGGGCGGGAGUUCCACAAGCCACUGGUGAAGGAGGGGGGAGACCGCCCCCGCCACGUCCCCUUCCGUUGGAGCUGAGUUCAGCGCCUAGCUCAGCCACAAGUACUGGAGGGAAAAGAGCGGCUGCCUCUGGGCUUAGAGCGUUCUGGAAAUCUGUGCAUUUGUUCUCGACUUUAAAGAAGAAAUGGGUCUUUUUUAUUAUUCUCAUUUACAGUCAUAUUACUGAACUCAGUGUCCGGUAUAAUGCAAACCUGCUGAGUGUAACUGUCCUGGCUCGCACUCUGAUUCCCCCAUUGUCUGCUUGGUACCUUAAUUCUUACCCAAGACUUGUCACUAGUGACAAUUGGUAGACUGCCAUUCUAAUCAGCCUCCGUCAGGCCGAUGUUUGUGAUGACAAUUUCUUUUGUAGAAUUCUAAUUGUUCUCAUUUUUAAAACCAGAGCAUGCACUUAUUUUCAGAAACUUUAGAGUUGCCCCUAGAAAAUGACUCACCAAAGGUAAUCCUCAUAAAGUAGGUGGCAGAUGUAGCAACAACUUCACUGAUGUUCAGCAAUCCUUAGUUUGGGUCAUUUAGAGUAAAAAUAACCCUUCAAGAAAAAUAAGCCUUUAGUUGCUCUGCAUUUCGACUUGUAAGGAUGUUACCUCAUAAGCUGUAGCUUUUAUUUUUUUUUCCCCUUUCCACCUUUUUUUGAUUUUUGUUCUGCUGAGGAUUUUGGUUAGGUCUUUUAGUGUUAGAUAAACGUAUGCUGCAAUAGCUUUUGCUGCUAUUAAAAUGGUAUUGUUAAUACCAUAAUACUCUAUUCAAGCUAGGGUAUCGAUUGAAUGAAACAAAACCACGCCACACGUCCUGUGAGUUAGAAAUAGCGACCACUGAUGGGAGGAGAGAACCGUAUACACAGGAAGCUUCCAAGGAGGGUCGAUACUUUUGACUGCAUGUUUACUUAAUCAGAUUGCUGCAUGCAAUAAAUUUGAUAUCUAAUGUCUAGUAUAAAACUUGCCCAUGGUGCACAAAUUAAGAAUCUACAUAGGCUACAAAAUACUCAUUUAAAAAGACAAAACACAACCACCAUGGUUUGGGGGUGUUUUUUUUUCCCUUUUUUUUCUCCAAAGAAUUGGUUGUCGACUGGAGGAAAGCAUGCCUCAGUAAAGGAAUACUUAUGAAAUUAAGAACAGCCCCUAACAGAAUGACCUAUAUCACAACUACUAUUAAACCUAGAUGUAGGAUAUUCUUCAAGCAAAUUUGUGGAUGGUAGAUGAAGUACUUUGCGGUGCUCUGUUAUAUAUAUAUAUACAUAUAUAUAAAUAUAUAUAUAUAUUGUGCAAUUUAUUUUAUAUAGUAAAGUGAUUAUGUCUAACUGUGAUCAACCUUAACUGUGUCAGACAUUAACAAAUUGGACAGUUCAUAACUGGUAUAUUAAUGAAAACAUGAGCUCUUCGUUACAAUCUCCUAAUGCUUGUACCAUUUUACAUAGCUUCAGACCUUGUCCAGAAAAACCAAAGAGCUCAUAUUAGCUUACAUACACUAGGAAUAUAUAUAUAUACACAAUCUAUAGAGCUAAAUUGUCAGAUUGACAAACGGCACAUUUUCAGAAAGUUGGGGAAAAGGUGAUGCUAAAGAAAUGUCUGCACAAGGGAAGGUGGCAUUGGAGGAGAGGGGUUUCUGGCUGUGAAAUUCACUUCUUACUUCCCUGAACAGAUCCUGCAAAGCUUGAAUCCAAUUCAGACCUGCUAACCCAGUGGGACAUUUUUUUAGCAUGCACUGCUGGGCUGCAGAUAGCCAUAUCUAGACACACAUAGUGUACUGAUGAUUGUGAAAAUCUGUAAACUUUGUUUUCUCUUCUUCCUUCUCUGUGUUGCAAUUCUGGGGACAAUCUGACCGGCCUACGACACUGCAGAAUAGACUUUUCUUGCUUGUGUUCUUGCGUGUGCCACUGUGAUGUCAUUGUUCUGUCUUAAGUUUGUUGUGAUUUGGUUUCGUGUUAUUGCUUUUUUUCUCCACAUUCAGUUGUGAUUAUUGGUUUACGUGUUAUGGUUUGUUUUCUAAAAGGAAAAAAAAAGUUAGUGUUUUUGUUUUUUUUAAUUAGUUUCAAACGCUUCUUAUAGUUCUCCCUUUUGAGUGUAAGCUACUUCUGGGCCUUGGAGCAAUUUUGCUCUUUGUGACCCAGGUGGCUGUGUGCGUAUGUUUUGUGUGUGUGUGUGUGUGUGUGCGCGCGCGUGCUUUUUUUCUAUAUCUUCUUUUGGUUUGGUUUUGUUUUUAUCUGUGAGACCUUUUGUUAUGCACUACUUACUACCUUUGGUAUCUAGACAGUUUCCAACAGUUGGCUGGUGAUUUUUUUUCUUUUUAAGGAAAAAGGCAUGCUUUCUGGCUGACGUGAUCCUUUGCAAUACCUCAAUUUUGAAAUAUAGGAAAGAAAAUGAUAUUUUCUAAGUAAGUUUAUUCAGAAAAAAUAUAUAUUAAUUUAAUUCUGCAAGAAAAAAUGAUUUAACAGAUGGGUAACUUUAUUUUUUUCAUGCUUAUUUGCGGUUUUUUUGAAAAUGAAGAAGUUAGAGCUUUAUACCUAUAAUAUUAAAGAUCCUGUCUAACCUACAGAAACCUACCUAGUUGUGUGGAAGGAGCAAAACUUUUUGAAGACAUACCCCUCUUUCGCAUACUAAAAUCACCCCGCCAGAGAGAAAGCUGGAAGACGUACAGCAUAGAGUUGAGUCCAACAUUGCCAUGGAGAAUAGGUUGAAAACAAACUCCAUUUGGUGCUGAGAGCUGUGAAUAGACGGUGAAAAAUAUUUUCCCUUAAUUUGUAUAUUUCUAAUCAAGCGUUGAUUAUGCACGACUGACCAGAAUUGUGAAAGAGUUCUUCUGUUUGUAUUUUUUUAAAGAGAACUUUUUUAGUUUAUUAAAUUAUAACAUGUUCCCUUUUGUUUGUAAAUAAGUGUGCCCCUCCCCCCCAGUUGUUAAUGUUCUAUUAAAAGAGAGGGUCCUUCAAAAAAAAUAUUAUUUUUUAAAAAAAAUCCACAAAAGGUGUUUUGAACUGUCUGUAACCUGCCUGAGAAGCGCCUGGUCCUCCAGGCCUCCCGUGGCCAUUCCUUGGGGUGAGACUUGAACUUGUUUUUUUGAAGGCUAUAACCUAACCUCGACUAUUUGUUGUUAUGUGCAAUACUGUUUGUACUGUUUGUAUAAAAAAUAGAAAAAAAAGAAAAGAAAAAAGGCAUAAAUCUUUAUUGCAGAUUUAUUUUCAUUGCAAACUUUAGACAUUGUGAUUCACUGAAAUCAUUUUUCUACUGUCAAAUAUGUACCUUUUCUUCAUGCUGGUAUUUUUUCAAUAGUAAUGUAGCCUUUGUACUGAGACAAAAAUUUUCAUUGUUAUUUUUAGAAAGAUUUUUUGCUAAGAAAAAAAUUAAACAUAUUUACAUAUUUUUCAUUUUAUUUCGUAUUUUCUUUAAAGAGUGCUUUCUCAAUCAUUAAUAGAGUUGUUUCGGGAGGGACUUUCAUAUCUGGUCAAUGUCAUAAUAUUAUUUUGUAUUUUUACUUGGAAUAAAUUAAUUUUAUGAUGCUAAUUCCUUAAAGGUUUAUUUUUUUCAUUUUCGGUUAUUUUUGAAGCUAAAACCUUUGUAAUAUUGUUACUAAAGUGUCUAGUUUUUUGAAAUGCAAAGCUUUCUGUAUUAACUUGCUGAAGUGGUUUACAGUAGGUGACAAUGAAUUAAUGGCUGGUUAUGUAAAGCAACUGGAAAUGUAAUGAACAAUUGGGCAAUAAAGAGAAUGGAGCCGAA